CGAGCAGCAGCAGUCUGGUUAACUGCAGGGUUGCGGGGCUCGCGAUCGCAGCGUGAGACAGAGUCCAACGGUCUCCCCUUCCCCCGCCAGGCCCUGCCCGUGCGGGCCCCCGGGCAGAGCUGCACCUGCACGGCUUCGGGGGCGGCAGCAGCGUCAGGUGCCGAGCCCGGGCGCAGGCAGCGGUUUUCGUCCUCUCCGAGCCGGCGACGAUGCCCGCGGUGCAGAAAACCGUGUCCGAGAUUCGCUGCAGAGCGGAGGGCUACGGGAAGACGGAUGAUGUUUCAGAGAAAACUUCACUCGCUGAUCAAGAGGAAGUGAGAACUGUAUUCAUCAAUCAACCUCAGUUGACCAAAUUCUGCAAUAAUCAUGUCAGCACUGCAAAAUACAACAUAAUCACAUUCCUGCCAAGGUUUCUUUAUUCCCAGUUCAGAAGAGCUGCUAAUGCAUUUUUUCUUUUUAUUGCAUUACUUCAGCAAAUUCCAGAUGUAUCGCCAACAGGUCGUUAUACAACAUUAGUUCCUCUGUUAUUUAUUUUAGCUGUAGCAGCAGUCAAAGAAAUUAUAGAAGAUCUUAAAAGACAUAAAGCUGAUAAUGCAGUGAACAAGAAACAAACACAAGUAUUGAGAAAUGGUGCUUGGGAGAUUGUCCAUUGGGAAAAGGUGGCAGUAGGGGAAAUAGUGAAAGUGACCAAUGGGGAGCAUCUCCCAGCUGAUCUCAUCAGUCUGUCAUCAAGUGAGCCACAAGCCAUGUGCUACAUUGAAACAUCAAAUUUAGAUGGUGAAACAAACCUAAAAAUUCGACAGGGUUUGCCAUUGACAUCGGAUAUAAAAGACAUUGACAGUUUGAUGAUACUUUUGGGCAGAAUUGAAUGUGAAAGCCCAAAUCGACAUCUGUAUGAUUUUGUUGGAAAUAUCAGACUAGAUGGGCAUGGUACCGUUCCACUGGGACCUGACCAAAUUCUUCUUCGAGGAGCUCAACUAAGAAAUACCCAGUGGGUUCAUGGAAUAGUUGUCUAUACUGGACAUGAUACAAAACUCAUGCAGAAUUCAACAAGCCCGCCUCUUAAACUGUCCAAUGUGGAACGAAUUACAAAUAUUCAGAUCUUGAUUUUGUUCUGCAUUCUUAUUGCCAUGUCUUUAAUCUGUUCUAUUGGCUCAGCUAUAUGGAAUCGAAGGCAUGGCCAAAGGGACUGGUAUCUCAAUCUAAACUAUGGUGGAGCUAACAAUUUUGGACUGAAUUUCUUGACCUUUAUCAUUCUCUUCAAUAAUCUCAUUCCAAUCAGCUUGUUGGUUACAUUAGAAGUUGUUAAAUUUAUCCAGGCAUAUUUCAUAAAUUGGGAUAUAGACAUGCACUAUGAACCUACAGACACUUCUUCCAUGGCUCGUACAUCCAAUCUCAACGAAGAACUUGGCCAGGUCAAAUACAUAUUUUCUGACAAAACUGGUACCCUGACUUGCAAUAUAAUGCAAUUUAAGAAGUGCACCAUUGCAGGAGUUGCUUAUGGCCAUUGUCCUGAGCCUGAGGAUUAUAGUUAUUCUUCAGAUGAUUGUCAGGACUCUCAGACUGGAGAAGAGAAACCAUUUAGUGAUCCAUCACUGCUGGAGAAUCUCCAAAGCAAUCAUCCAACUGCACCUAUAAUUUGUGAGUUUCUAACAAUGAUGGCAGUGUGUCAUACAGCUGUUCCAGAAAGAGAAGGUGAUAAGAUUAUAUAUCAAGCAGCAUCUCCAGAUGAAGGAGCAUUGGUCAGAGCAGCCAAGCAUCUUAAUUUUGUAUUCACUGGAAGGACACCUGACUCAGUAAUUAUAGACUCUCUUGGCCAUGAGGAAAGAUAUGAAUUGCUAAAUGUGCUGGAAUUUACAAGCACUAGGAAAAGAAUGUCUGUGAUUGUUCGCACACCAUCAGGGAAAUUAAGACUGUACUGUAAAGGAGCGGAUACAGUAAUUUAUGACCGUCUGGCCGAGAGUUCAAAAUACAAGGAAAUUACUUUAAAACAUUUAGAGCAGUUUGCUACAGAAGGUUUAAGAACUCUCUGUUUUGCUGUUACUGAGAUAGCAGAAAGUGAAUAUCAAGAGUGGCUAGAUGUCUAUCAUCGAGCUUCAACAGCUGUACAAAACAGAGCACUGAAGCUUGAGGAGAGUUAUGAACUAGUUGAAAAAAAUCUUCAACUGCUUGGAGCUACAGCCAUUGAAGACAAGCUACAAGACAAAGUUCCUGAAACCAUAGAAACUCUUAUGAAAGCAGACAUCAAAAUUUGGAUUCUUACUGGCGACAAACAAGAGACUGCGAUUAACAUUGGUCACUCGUGCAAACUUUUGAAAAAGAACAUGGGACUCAUUGUUAUCAAUGAAGGGUCUCUUGAUGGAACAAGAGAGACCCUAAGUCACCAUUGCAGUAUUCUUGGUGAUGCUUUGAGGAAGGAAAAUGACUUUGCUCUUAUAAUUGAUGGUAAAACACUGAAGUAUGCCUUGACAUUUGGAGUAAGACAGUAUUUCCUGGAUUUGGCUUUGUCAUGUAAAGCUGUUAUUUGUUGCAGGGUGUCUCCUCUUCAGAAAUCUGAAGUGGUAGAAAUGGUAAAAAACCAGGUUAAAGUAGUAACACUGGCAAUUGGUGAUGGAGCAAAUGAUGUUAGUAUGAUACAGACAGCACAUGUUGGCGUUGGUAUUAGUGGAAAUGAAGGGCUACAGGCAGCUAAUUCUUCAGAUUACUCCAUAGCACAGUUCAGAUAUCUGACGAACUUGUUGUUGGUUCAUGGUGCUUGGAACUACAACAGAAUAGCUAAAUGCAUCUUGUACUGUUUCUACAAGAAUAUAGUCCUUUAUAUUAUUGAGAGCUGGUUUGCUUUUGUUAAUGGCUUUUCUGGACAAAUUCUUUUUGAAAGAUGGUGUAUAGGUCUUUACAAUGUGAUGUUUACAGCUAUGCCACCACUGACUCUUGGAAUAUUUGAGAGAUCCUGCCGAAAGGAAAAUAUGUUGAAAUAUCCAGAAUUAUACAAGACUUCUCAAAAUGCCCUGGACUUUAACACAAAGGUUUUCUGGGUUCAUUGUUUAAAUGGCCUCUUCCACUCAGUUAUUCUGUUUUGGUUUCCACUAAAAGCCUUCCAGUAUGGUACUGUAUUUGGCAAUGGUAAAACUUCAGACUACCUGCUCUUGGGAAACAUUGUUUACACUUUUGUGGUGAUAACAGUGUGUUUAAAAGCUGGAUUAGAGACUUCAUAUUGGACCAUGUUUAGCCAUAUAGCAAUAUGAAGCAUUGCGCUUUGGAUAGUUUUUGGAGUCUACUCAUCCUUGUGGCCUGUCAUUCCUAUGGCACCUGACAUGUCCGGGGAGGCAGUUAUGUUGUUCAGCUCUGGAAUCUUUUGGAUGGGUCUGUUAUGUAUUCCUGUGACAGCUUUGCUUUUUGACGUAACAUACAAAGUAAUCAAGAGAUCUACUUUUAAGACACUGGUAGAUGAAGUUCAGGAAUUGGAAGCAAAAUCUCAAGAUCCAGGGGCAGUUGUGCAUGGCAAGAGCUUAACUGAAAGAGCUCAACUACUGAAGAAUGUCUUUAAGAAGAGUCCUGUGAACUUGUACCGCUCUGAAUCUCUGCAGCAAAACUUGCUUCAUGGCUAUGCAUUCUCUCAAGAUGAAAAUGGAAUAGUUUCCCAAUCUGAAGUAAUAAGAGCUUAUGAUACCACAAAACAAAGACCUGAUGAAUGGUGAAGGAAUGCAGUUUGCGACACAGAGCCCUUAAAAUUACUUAAGUAAGACAAACUACUAGAUCUUUGCUGGGAUCUGCUAGCAGGAUCCAAUCACAAAGAUUACAGAAAGAUCUACGAUGAUUUUAUUCCAUAAAGUUUGGAUUAGUGUAUUCAAUAGACAUAAGCACUGUGCAACUCUACUGUAACACAUCAUCUCUUGACAUUUUUAACAAGUAUUUGCUUUGUCUUUGUAAACAGAGGUUGAAAAUUACCUGUGUUUUGCAAGAUCCUUUAUUUACAACGAGGAUGAAUCAGUAUUGUUCAUAUAUCAUAUUACUUGGACAUCAUUAAUGGUCAGAUUACCACUAUACAUAGAUUAUUAACAUUUGUGUAGGCUCAUAAGUGGUUAUACAUUUAAAGUACAGUUGGUAACAAGCCUUUGAUUUCAACAAGUGCUGACUAACCAACAUUUUAAUGGUGUUAACUCACCUUAUUAAGCAAGAUUUCAAACCAAGGUGUCUAUAGGUGUUUGUGUCAAACUAGCCUAAAAAAUAAGUUUGCCAAAGAAGUUGGAUAAUUGCAAUUCUCAAGAAUUUCUGGUAGUCAUUUGCAGAAAAAUUGAAAAGGAAAUUAACUUAAAGUGCUGAUGUCAGAAAUGUAUGUUGAUUCUCCAUACUUGAUAAAAAUACAGGAUAAUGAGCCUAAUUCGAGUUGCCUUCAUGGCACUUGCUUUCAAAUCUGUGAAACCUUUGCACCUUUGGUCUGAUAAAAGCUUUUUAUUUUUUAUUGUUUAAUAUGGCUGCCACCUUUUAGCAUGGUGCUCAUAUUUCCAAGUUUUGUUCAAAUUACAAACAAAACAAAAUUGCUCUGUCUUACCUUUCUUCAUCAUAAUAUAGCCAUUUUUUGCAAUGCUUGUGCUUUAUAUGCACAUCUGGUCACAAUUGAUCGGAAAAGUUUGUCCUAAUUCAUAAAAACAGAUUAGCUAUUUAUGGGCUUUUCACCAUCUUUAUUCUAAAGUUAUCUGGAACAUGACUUGUUAAAGCAAUUUAUGCCCUUUAGCUCUGUGUGGUAUGUACUCUUCCAUUUGCACCAGCGUCACCUCCUACUAUGCACCCAAAUAUACUGAAGUAGUUCUUUACAGCUUAUUUGUCACAUAGCAACCUCCAUACUCUCAGCUUUUAACAGAAAUGAAGAGAAAAUGCACAAACAAAAACAAAAUUUUCCACAAUUUGCUCAGCUCAGCGGUGUAAAAGUUACACUUCGCACCAGGAGUACACUGUAAUAAGAAAUUUUGAAAAAUUAAUUACAUUUGGUAUAUCUCCGCCCACUAUCAAAUGAUGGCCUGACUUUUUCAGAUGUUAUAUCUAUUUGUGACAAUGGCACAAUCAGAGUCCAAUUUAACUUUUUUAAGUUUGUCUGUUUUAAUACUGACCUAAAGUCAACUAUAAUAAUUUAAUUUUAAUUUUAUUUUAUAUGGAGAAGAAUGCUUCCUAGUUUUUAAAUUUUUCAGACUGCUAGGCUAAGUAAAAUAGAUACAAUUGACAUUCAAAGUAAAACUGUAUGUGAGAAUGGAACAGAAAUUUUCCCAUUCUCCUUUCAUGUUAUUAAGAACUUCAUUCUUAUCACUUUUGUCCUCAGAAUCAUCCAAUCUAGAUAGUAAAUAACAAGCAGUAUAUCUCUUCAGCUUUUCCAGAUCCUACCAAUCAUUUCUUGACUGUUCAUAUACUUAUUAAGAACAAAACUUUGUCCCCUUGCCUUUCAGCACUAUGCAGGCUCCACAUAUCACUUCCCUACACUACACAACUUCCUUACCUCUCAUUUUGAGAAAAUAUACAAAUCACAUCAUACAUCAAAGCCCCAGCAAGGAAGAUACCAUAUGAAAGUACAUACUUAGGAGGACAAAUUGAUGGAAUGGCCCUCCACAUUUCAUAUGUAUGUUAUGCAUUCUCUUCCUCUCCCUUUCUCUGAGUGAUCUUUAAACACAAGAGAACACAGAAGACAUAGGGACAAAGAAAACGUAUUCCACUAGAAACAGCACUGUUAGUCAGUCAUGCAGAGAAGAACUGCCUUCAGAAAAGCCAUUUCAGGCAUAGAUAAAUAGAUGGAUCAAUAUGGGAGGGCUAUAUCACUUGACCUAAGGCAAAAAAAAAAAUUGGAGCAUGCCUCUUUCUUAAAAUAUGGAUCCCUAUUUUUGAUAUCCAUCGGAGAAUGACUGACUUCAACAAAUUUCUUAAAUGACAUUCCUCAGUGACUUAACUAAUAUAAAACAAUUCAGUCCAUGCCUGUCUUUAAAAGUAAAUGCAUUUUUAAAAAUCCUUUUUCAGUUGUAAAAGGCAUAAAUAUUGAUUUGGCAAAAAUUAUGCAAAGCAAAGAAAUGUAGUGUAAAACCAUUGUAUUGUAAUGAAAUUUACAAGCAGCUUCACUUUUAUCCUGGGUUUACCUUCCUAUAAAAUAAAGUAUGCUAUAUUUACAAGAAUUCAGAAAAUAAGAUGCCCUGCUACCUACAGCUGGUUACAAAAAUGACAUGCAGUUUACUCCAAUUCCAUUUUUCUUUAUUGCUAAGAAGAUAGAGGGCUAUUAGCACAUCUUGUUGAGAGCCUGGACUCGUAUUGAAAUUCUGGCUGGUGAUGUUGCAUUAUGUUGUAUAUUGCUCUAUUUCCAAAGCAGGUGUAAGCUCAUCACCAUGUAUGUCAUCCUUGUGUGAUUACACAUUUUAAUUUUAAGUAGUGCCUGACAAAAUGUAGUUUGAGUUUGUAUAUACUUUUAUUCCCCAAUUGUCAGUCUGUUUUGGAUAUAUUUUUACACAUACUAGAUGUUGCUUAUUGUCUGAUGAUAAUCAAUUGUGAGAUAAUAGUCCUGUUUAGAAAGUUAGUAAAAAAAAAUGCUUUUUUUUACUGCUUAUACAGUUCCACUUCAAAAUAUAAGAUCACCUCAGCAAAGUGUGCCUGUGUAAAACAGAUUU